AUGGCGGUGAACGAGAUUGGCGGGAGCAUGCUCAUACCCGUGAUGAGCGACACGUCGUUGUGCCUGAGCGUGAUUGCCGCCUGGAAGGCGGUGCAGUUCCAGGCCGGCCAGGCCGCGAGCUUCCCAUAUCUGUCGUACGAGGCGCAGGCUCUACAGUCACUGCGCAAACAGCUGCACGUCAUGGGCCCUCGGCGCGUCACCGACGAAGCAGUCAUCGCCGCCGCCAUUCUCUGGGCCACUGCCGCCAUGUUUGCACAGCCCGAACCCUUGCGACGCCAUGUGGCCGGCGUACGCGCGCUUGUUGCUGCCCGUGGAGGCCUGGCAGACCUCGGCCACGCAGGCUCUACCGCCCAACUGAUCCUCUGGGCCGAUCUCCUCACGGCCCAGUUCUUGGACGAAGACGUCUGCUUCAAAGACAUCGGCCCAUCGGAUCCUCUCCCGCCCUCGCUCGUCAAGCUGCGCGCCUCCAUCGCCCUGCCUCCUCCCUUCGACCGGCUGUUGCCCGACACCUCGGAGGCAGCCCGGGACAUGCGCUUGUUGUUGCUCUGCCAUGACAAGGCCCUGCGGACAGAGCACAUUUCCUUUGCCGAGUACAAGGCACUCAUGGGACUAUUGAACCAGAGCACAAUAUUUUGGGUUGGGCUGCAGGAAAAGUACAAGGGGUCCAGCACGAGUGAUGAGUGCGUCAUCCUGGCGAUGAACCUGUUGCGCUUGACCGUCUUUUUCCACGCCGCACCGCUCUUGACCAUCGUCACGACGGUCCUUGAACGCUUGCGCUUGGCGCUUGUCCGUUGUGGCAUCGGCCAAUUCCUCGACUCGGUCGACAUCUACAUCUGGGCCUGUCUGGUAGGGAUGGUGAACAACCUUCACGCCGAUGCCCGAUCCCAAUUUGCUGACAUGCUGGCCCACGCCCUGACUACCAAGUAUAAGAACGGGUGGCCUGUCGACUGGCAGGCCGAGAUACUGCUCCUGCUCCGCUCAUUUCUAUGGUCCGACAGUGUCCUGACCACCAUGCUCCCGGCUGCCUGCCAGCUUGUCGAAGCCCGGGUGUGCCCUACAAAAAAGACUUGUUUGGCAACCCAAUCCGUCACACUGAGUUGA